GUCUAAGGCAGUUUGAGCUAUCACAGUUGAAUGUGACAGUAAAGCAAUGAACUAUGACCAGGAAGAUUAAAAAAACGGCGGAUAUACAAAUUGGCCAAAAUAAUAGCUCGCUCUAUGAUUAAUCACAUUGUUGUGCAAAUCACCUGGACGAUUGUGACAAAAUCGAAUACAUUAUCAUGCCCCAUGGUAUGCUAAGCCACCGUUGAAAAAUACCGUAUUGCUUAUCAGGGCAUUUAGUUGUUAAUGGUCGGCGUAAGGUAAUUGUACAUUACCGAGGCGCGCAUGAGAUCACGUGGUGGGGUGAAGAACGAUAGUGGAAACGACUCAAAAUGGCGCUGGUACUCAAGCGGCUCUAUCAGGGGUACUUCUGGGUAUUCACCGAAAAAGCUGAUCCUCGACCCGGAGAACUAGGUCUCCUCUUCAUGUCCUCGCCUCUGUACCCGGUCGCGUUCAUCUUCAGCUACUUUUACUUUAUUUACAAUUUGGGGCCUAGGUUAAUGGAAAAUAGGAAACCUUUUGAGAUUAGGAAACUUCUUAUAGCUUAUAAUGCAAUUCAGAUUUUAGCGAAUCUUUAUAUUUUCUACUUGGCGGUCUUAGAAAUGUUAUUUGUAUCAAAUUGGAGCUGCGAUCCAGUAGAUUAUUCUUAUAGCCCUGAAGCCAUCCAUACACUGAAAUCGUACCACUUGUUCUUCCUCACCAAACUUGGAGAUCUCCUUGAGACGGUGUUCUUCGUUCUACGAAAGAGGUACCGACAAGUAAGCUUCCUGCACGUCUAUCACCACUUUGGAAUGUUCACAAUGCUGUGGGUUGCAGUGAAGUUCUUCGGAGGAGGCCAUGGAACGUGGGUGGGACUUAUCAAUAGUUUAGUCCAUGCCGUUAUGUACACGUACUAUUUGCUCUCGGCGAUCGAUGAAGAAUGGAAAAAGAAUGUGGCUUUCAAGAAGUUUAUCACACAGAUACAGAUGAUUCAGUUCACCAUCUUCAUCAUAAUAUACGGCAGGUUGCUACUAAAGACAGACUGUCAGUACCCAAGGCUCUGCUCGUACUUCUUCGUUCCGCAGAAUUUCUUCAUGCUCAUUCUGUUUGGAGACUUCUACAGAAGAACGUACCUGAAGAAGCAGAAUCCAGCGCCCACGAUUGAGGACAGUGAAAAGACGAAAACGAAAUAGCAUGCGUCUCCACAAUAAAUAAUAAAACAUUUCUCUUUUUUGAAAUCGUAUAUAGUAUUAUAAUAUACCCUGACAUUUGAGAUAAAAAAGUUUUGAUAGCUGUGCUAUUACAUUUAUUUAUUCAUAUAAGUUCACACAUCCGGUCAUACUUCGUUGCAUAUGUAUACAUAUGUGAAAAAUUAGUUAAUAAAAGACGUCUUUUUCCGAAAAA